AUGCGAUCCCAACUAUUCCUCGUCCUUGGUCUUGUGGCUCUCGUGGCGUCUGCUUACGGCGCAACCACCACGAAUUCUACUUCCUCGGAACCUUCAACUGCCUCGAAUUCUACUUCCUCGGAACCUUCAACUGCCUCGAAUUCGACUUCCUCGGCAACUACAACUUCUUCGAAUUCGACUUCAACUCCUUCAAGUUCCACGAAUUCGACGACCACACCCACUUCAUCAACAGCAUCAACCUCGCCCACUUCUUCCAGUACGACCAGUGACACGUCUUCCUCGACCACCAGCGAGGUGAAAAAGCUGGAGAAGAAGCUUCGCAGGGAGCGCAGGUUGAGGCGCCAACUGAGACGUCGGCUGAGGCGUCAGGAGAAGCGUCAGGAGACUCGCCGAGAGAAUCAGCAAAAAAGACGCCUGACGAGGCUUGCUGCAAGGAAGCGCAACCGUCGGGCCCACUUGGCCGACUUUCCCCACCACUCCAAGCACCUCGCCGAUGUCACCAACGACCCACCAAGUACCUCUUCCACGCUGCCCUCUUCGCCCACUCCCAGCGACAGUAACUCAAGCACCGACGAGGAGGUGACCAAGUUGGAGCGCCAGGUUCGCAGGCUUAGAAAACGGUUGAACCGAAUCAGCCGCCAGGGGGCGCCAGGACCGCCAGGAGAUUCGCCAGAUUAG